UUGGCCGUGUCAUUGCGGCUUCUGAAUUGGCGAGGUGGGUAUUAGUUUAUUAUUUUAGACAACAAAAAUAAAAUUGAAAAAUCGUUGCUUUAGUGUGAUGAGUUAGACUAUCUGAUUUCAUCAAUGAAUUCCGGUGCUUUCUGUUUUUUUCUGGACGAGUAACUUGUAAUUUAACCAAGAUAUCAAGUGAAUUUUGGUUCGGUGAUUGAUAUAUUUCUUAUACGUCUGGAAGUGGGAAGCAUUUGUUAGGGUUUGGGCUUCUUUUGGGGCUAGGGUUUAAUAUUUCUGUCGAUUGAGAGAGACCUCCCACUGAAUAAGGGUUCAGAGCAAAGAAAAACAUUGGUAGGUUUUAGCGUCUCAGCAAAAUCUGGGAAAUGGAUGGAAAGAAGCGAAGUCGUCAAGAGUCUGAGGAUUCUGAUGCCCCAGAGAUUAGAGAAGAAGAUGUUGUCAAACUGAUGGAGCCUUUAACUCGGGAACAACUUUUUGAGAUUGCAAAACAUGCUGCUGUGAGGCAUCCUGAUGUUUUGGAAGAGACAAGGAAGAUUGCAGAUAGGGAUGUAUCUCGAAGAAAAAUUUUUGUUAGAGGAUUGGGUCUUGAUACCACUGCAGAGGUAGUUAGAUCUGUCUUUAGCGAGCAUGGAGAGCUUGAGGAUUUGAAUGUUGUUGUUGACAGGGCCUCUGGUAAGAACAAGGGAUAUGGGUUUGUUACAUAUGCCCAUGUUGAUGGUGCUUUGGAGGCACUAAAGGAACCCAGCAAGAAAAUAGAUGGAAGAAUGACUGUUAGUAACCUAGCUGCUAUUGGAAACCCACAGCAACAACAGCUGCAACAACAGCAACAACAGAUACAACAACUGCAACAACUUCAACAAUUUCAACAAUUUCAACCUGUGCUGCCCAUUCAGCCUGUUGUACCUAUUCAAACCAUGCAGCAGCCCAUUCAGUCUAUGCAGCACCCUAUUCAGUCCAUGCAGCAGUCUAUCCAGUCCUUGCAGCAGCCCAUUCAGCCCUUGCAGCAGCCCAUACAACCCAUUCAGCAGUCUAUACAGCCUAUGCAGCAGCCCAUUCAGCCCAUACAGCAGCAUAUGCAGACCGUCCAAUCCAUUCCUUCAGAUGUAGCACUUAGGAGGAUCUAUAUAGGUAAUGUUCCUACAGACAUGGAACCUGCCAAAUUGCUUAACUUUUUUUCCCAGUAUGGAGAUAUUGAAGAAGGGCCACUUGGUUAUGAUAAGACAACUGGAAAGUGCAAAGGAUAUGCACUAAUUGUAUACAAGACAGUUGAAGCGAGCAGAAAAGCUGCAGAGGAUCCUGUAAAAUCAAUAGAUGGCAAUCAGUUAUUUUGUAAAUUGUCCACUGAUGGACAGAAGCAAAAAGGUGCAACAACAAUUUCAGGACAAACUCUUUCCAAUUCACAUUCCACAGGCAAUUUAAAGCUAGCAUCUCUGGAUUCUUCUGUGCCAUAUAAUGGUUUUGGCCAUGGGUUGGUAAAUCCAGCUUCUGUGGCACAUCAAGCUGCUGUUGCAGAUUCAUCUGCAUUAGCAGCUGCGGCUGUAAGUAGUUAUGGCUUGAAUGAUGCUGCGUUUCCAAGUUUGUCAAGAGAUCUGGUUGCAGCAAGUCUCCCUUAUCAUUCAUUGAACACUUCAAUGCAGCCAUCAUUAGGCCGUGAACUUCUUCUACAAGGCCUUUCUGCUCGUGCACCAUUGGGUACGGGUGGUUAUGGUGCUAAUACAUACGGAUCUUCUGGGUAUAACAGUAUUGGAGGUGCAUCGUCACUCUAUGGCAUUCCUUCAAGUUCGUCUGUUGCCCAAAAUGCUUCAUAUGAAGGAGCCAGUCAAUAUGCCCUAGCCCUUGCGUCCUAUCAAAAUCAACAUCCAGGAGCAUCGCCACCAUUAAGAGUUCCUCCAGGAGGGACCCUCCCAGGAAUGCGGUCUUACUACCCAUCCUAGAUAUGAAUCAUUUACAAAUGAGACUGGAGAGCUGUUUUUGACGGUUGAAAAAUGGCAUUAGCAUGACGUAUACUAAGGAGUUCUCCAGCUUCUAGGUUUUGCAGGCUUUUUUAAUGACUGCUUUUGGUUAAGAUUAAGGCUUGAUCUUAAUCUAAUCAAGAGUUGUCAUGUGCAAAUUUACCAAUUUUUUUUGUGAGCUACUUGUUUAUGGUGAUUUCAGCACUAGAUAUGCAGACAUUUUUCUUUUAAGAGCUGUAUUGACUCCUUGGUGUUUCAUGCCCAAGGAGCUAAGUUACAGUUCAUAGACAUUUAUUUGGAAUGUUUUCAUUGAAUAUUUUGAAUUACAUAAAAUCUCACAAAUGAUUUGUGGCUA